CUUCUUUUCUCCUCCUCUUCCUCUGCAAAACCCUAGCAGUCUCUCUCUCUCUCUGAACCCUAUCUGAGAACUCUGUGAUAUUCCAAAUCCAGCUUCAAUCUCUUUCAAUUUCAAAGAUGUCGAAUUUGGACAUGUCGCUCGACGAUAUAAUAAAGAUGAACAAGAAAUCUGGAGGUGGAGGUGGUGGAGGAGGAGGAGGAGGAGCUAACCCUAGAGGUAGAGCUCGUAACUCGGGACCUGGACCAGCUCGUCGACUUCCAAAUCGGAGCUCAAAUCGCACCACUCCGUAUUCAGCUGGAAAGGUUCAAGCGCCGGAGACGACGUGGCAGCACGACAUGUUCGCAGAUCAUGCGACGGCGGCGUAUCCAGCGCAGGUCGGGCGAGUGUCGGCGAUAGAGACCGGAACAAAACUCUUCAUCUCUAACUUGGAUUAUGGAGUUUCUAAUGAAGACAUCAAGGAGCUCUUUGCAGAGGUCGGGGACCUAAAACGUUACUCAAUUCAUUAUGAUAGGAGCGGAAGAUCAAAGGGAACGGCAGAAGUAGUCUUUUCACGGCGAAAAAAUGCUGAGGAGGCUGUGAAAAGAUACAACAAUGUUCAACUGGAUGGAAAGCCCAUGAAAAUUGACACUGUAGGAACAAAUAUUACAACUUCUGCUGCUCCACCUCCAUCUACAAAUGGCAUGUAUGGAGAUCAAAAUGGUGCACCGAGAAGGCAUCUACUAUUAUCCAAUGAGAGCAGUCAAGGAAGAGGUGGUGGUGCCCUUGGACGACUUCAGGGCGGCGGCGGCGGUGGUGGUGGUGCCAUUGGACGACCUCGAGGUGGUGGCCGAGGCAGCUUUGGGAGGGGCCGUGAACGUGGCGGUAGAGGUCGUGUUGAAAAGGUUUCUCCUGAAGAUCUUGAUGCCGAUUUGGAGAAGUACCACGCAGAAGCAAUGCAAACAAAUUGAUGGCAACAAACAAGAUCACCAUGAUCUUCCUCAGUUAGCACACUCUGCUGUAUGAUGCCUCAACUCUUUAAAGUGGUCAUAUUUUCUUCCAACAUGCUCUACUAAGUUUUGAGAACGAAAUGCAAUCGUAGAUUAUUGCUUAGAUUUUGUUUUGAAGCUUAGGUUCUUUUAUUAUGGUUUGAAUAUUAUUGUCAUUAUGAGAAAUUGUUGUUUGUACCAUAGAACUAUUUUGUUCAUCUC